AUGGCGGCAGGGGCGGCGGUGCGCUGCGUUCUCUUCGACAUGGACGGUCUCCUGCUGGACACGGAGUCCCUCUACACCGUCGCGCAGCAGAAGAUACUGGACAGAUUCGGCAUGAAGUUCACGUGGGAGCUCAAGGCGAAGAUGAUGGGCAAACGCGCCCUGGAGGCCGCGCAGGUCCUCGUCGACGACCUCGGGCUCCACGGCCGCAUCACGCCGGAGGCCUUCGUCCAGGAGCGCGAGCGCAUCCUGGACGAGCUGUUCCCGGACGCGCAGCUCCUGCCGGGCGCCGGGCGCCUGGUGCGGCACCUUGCGAGUCGCGGGGUGCCCCUCGCGGUCGCGACGUCGUCGCACCGGCGGCACUUCGACCUGAAGACGUCGAAACACAGGGACCUCUUCGCGUGCUUCGCGACCGUCGUGACGGGCGACCAGGUGUCCCGCGGGAAGCCGGACCCCAGCAUCUUCCAACUGGCGGCGUCAAAGCUUGCCGCCGCGACGAGCAGCGAUAGCUUCGCGCCCCACGAGUGCCUGGUCCUCGAAGACGCUCCGAGCGGCGUGGAGGCGGCGGCUGCUGCGGGGAUGCCGUGCGUGCUGGUGCCGGACGCGAACCUGGACAUCUCAGGCGGCACGAAAGCCACGCUGGUGUUGCCGUCGCUGGUCGAGUUUGACCCGGCGGCGUUCGGGCUACCGCCCUUCGCAAGCUAG